ACUCAUACUCUCUGCGCAAGACAAGCUCGCUAACUCUUAAGCCUUCGAUAAUCACAAUCAUUCCUUGCCUUGAAUCUUGUUCCUGUUUGGUUGCCGAGAAAAGCUGGUAAAAGAAAAGAAUCUAUGUUGGUCUGUGCCUUUAAUGGCGGUGAAUUCAAAAAAGUGGGAAAUUAGUCCUGAAAGAAGCAAGGUCUGGAAGGAGCCGAAGCCGAUGGAAAGAAAAGCUGCCGUCGUUUACUAUCUUUGUCGGAACGGCCAGCUGGAGCACCCUCAUUUCAUGGAGAUUCCGAUCUCAUCUCCACAGGGACUGUUUCUCAGAGAUGUUGUAGAGAGAUUGAAUUCUCUCAGGGGCCAAGGCAUGGCGAACAUGUACUCGUGGUCUUCGAAACGGAGCUAUAGGAAUGGAUUUGUCUGGCACGAUUUGACCGAAAACGACUUUAUAUACCCGACUCAGGGCCAUGAAUACGUACUCAAAGGAACGGAACUUCUUCAAACUUCCUUGAGCUUCAGAUACUACGAAAAAAUAUCAUCGGAAAACAAACCGGAGACAAACAACUCCGGCGACGAUUGCAAUUUUCCGUUCAUCAUUAGGAAGCGAAACCAGUCAUGGGGCUCGUUCAAUCCUCGCGAAUACAAAGUCUACAAGGACGAUCCGGCGACAGAACAUGCCGGGAAAGCGAUGGACGCGGCGACGCAAACCGAAGAUAAACGAAGACGAAGAAGAACAGCCAUAGAAGAAGGGGAAGAAGCAGAGUAUGGACAUUCCACGUCCACGACGGAACUCAGCAGAGAAGAGAUUUCGCCACCACUUUCGAAUACGAGUUCGGAGGAAGCUCCGGUGGGCCAAUCAAGUGUCGCUGCGCCGUCAGCGGAUAUUCGGAAUCAAGCGGCUGAGAAUGAUCGUCCGAGCGGGAGGAUGAAGGCUAGUGCGGUUCUGAAGCACCUGAUCAGGUGCGGGUCGGUGUCUGUCAAAGAUCAAGCAUCAACGGCGAGGAAUGGCGGAGGGUGUGGGAUGAAUUUGGAGCUGCAGCGCGAUGCAGGGGAUUCGCUGGGCUCCAACGGAAAGGGCGAGCUGAGGGCGCUCUUGGAUAUCACGCGCCUCCGCUAGUACGUCCUCAUGUGUUUCUUUCUGAAGUUUGUCGAAUCUACUUAACGCGUGUUAUAUAAUUUCGCAAAAUUUAAAAAUAAAAAA